UACUUGCACCCCCAUAUUUGGCAAACCAUUGCAAUCAUACCAUUCAAAUCCAAGACCAUAGUCCAUAUAUGAUCCAUUCAGAGGGGCGAGCCCCUUGAUCGCUUCCACUUUCCUUCCCGAAUUUCCCCGAGAAAAUUCCCCAAUUUUCUCGCCGAGGAACACCGUUAUCCGGCGAUUACUUCAAAUACUUGAUCUUGGUGAAUUUCAUCCCAAGCCCUAGGAACUUUUGGGAUUGAAAUGGGGCAACAGCAAUCGAAAGACGAAUUGCUGUAUCAGCAAGUCAGUUAUGGUAACGUCGAGGGAAUCAAAAAUCUUCGCAAAGACGGCGCAGGGCUCGAGUGGAUUGAUAGGGAAGGGAAGACUCCGUUAAUUCUGGCUUGUAUGAAUUCAGAACUGUAUAAUGUUGCAAAAACUUUGAUAGAAUUGGGUGCUAAUGUGAAUGCAUAUCGUCCAGGUCGUAUUGCUGGGACUCCAUUACAUCAUGCAGCAAAGAGAGGCCUAGAACAAACAGUUAAGUUACUUCUUUCACAUGGAGCAAAUGCAUUAGUGAUGAAUGAUGAUUGUCAAACUCCACUUGAUGUUGCUAGAGCUAAGGGUUACAGCAAUGUUGUUCGUGCAAUUGAGAAUCACUUAUGCUUAUUCUCUGGUUGGCUGCGUGAGCUUUAUGGUCCAAGCUUUCUUGAAGCACUAGCUCCCCAACUGCUUUCAAGAAAUGUUUGGGUGGUUGUUUUACCAUGUGGUUCCCGUAAACUUGCAAAACCUUUCAAGUUGGAGCUUGCCAUAUAUUCUAGUUUGCAGGAUGCCCAGCCUCGCACUCUUAUUGCAUUAUGGAAAGCCAAUAUGGAAGAACCAAACUUUAACCAGCCUGAUCCUGCAGUGAUCAUUUCUGAUAUUGCUGCAAUCCCAAGACGCUGGAGGCGAAGGCGAGGUGUCUUGUCCUCCCGAGGGGGAAGGUGUAGGCCACGAGGAGUUAGGCAAUCACGCAUUAAACUUGCACCAACAAAGGAAAGUGACAAACAACAAUUGCAGUGGUUUUGCAAUGCAUGCAAAGGAAUUCCGCAGGUAGCACAUCCUAAUUUUCCUUUCAACACCCAAACACCUGUUGUCCCAGCAACUGCCCCGUCAUCUGUAGAGGAUCUAGAACUAGCCAUGGCACUCAGCGCAUCCAUCCAAUCUUCUGCUAUGGAAGCAAGACCACCUUAUAUUGAUGUUAAUCCUAGCUCUCAAGCAAAUGUGUCUUCCAGCAGUCAUGGUGGUUGGGGCACGACGGCUGCCCCUGCUCCUCCGUUAGGAAAAAGCAGCGGGAACAAACUCCAGGAAGUUGGUCCUAGUGGCAUUCCUGCUGUGAUCCAAACAAUGCCUGAGAUUCCUCCUCCUGCAUCAAUUCCGUCAGCCCCACCGGUUGAGAAUGCGGUUGCAGAUGAUGGUCCAAUUCAUUAUCCAUCCAUUGAUUCCAGCUCUGUUGAGGUGUCUUCUCCUUUGGUGGCGAACUUACCUGCUAAGGCAGAUGAAAGGAAAGACGAUACAGGUUCUUCAUCAUGUGUAAUAUGCUUGGAUGCUCCAGUUGAGGGGGCAUGCAUCCCAUGUGGUCAUAUGGCUGGUUGCAUGUCAUGUUUGAAUGAGAUUAAAUCCAAGAAGUGGGGCUGCCCUGUUUGUCGGGCCAAGAUUGAUGAGAUUAUACGGCUGUAUGCUGUUUAAUCAUCGAAGCAGGAUAUGCGAAAGCUGAAUAUGGUGGGAGAUACAGCGGUGCAGGAGUUGCCGAUCAACUACCAUACCCUAGUACCCAGUGUGUCCUCCUUAUGAAGAGAUGCAAAUGUAAAACUUGUUGAUAAACAAAUGUGGUUUUUUUUCCUUUCAUCUAGUGAGAUGUGGAUUGAACGGUUGCCAUUUCUUCUUGUAUAAGGGAAAUGGAAGUGCCAGUCCGGAGAGACUGAAGCUUACAAGCCUAUAUGUAUUUAGUUCCCCUUUCUGGAUCAAGAUCUGUCAUCAAAACUCCUGUCUUGUGUUAUAUUAUUGUUCUUCCCACAA